GGGGGAGGGAGUGCGAGCGGCAGAGCGGUGCGCACCACCAAGAGGCAGGAGGCAAAGUAGCGUCCGCCCGGCUUCGCCGCUGAGCCCGGCCACACGGAGCCCUUAUAGGUCCGCCUUCUCCUCCCUCCAUACACCUCCCCCAAACCCCACCGCCUUCCUCUUCGCUGCCCCGGUUUGAAAUUGAAGUUAGGAAAUAAAAAGUGAAAACGAUAUCCCGGGUAAUCCUGGACACGGAAAGACGAUUGUGUUUCUUGUCUUUGAACCGACUGAGGAAAUGAAAUUAUACAGUGUCUUCAUAAACAGCGCCCAUUCAAUUACUAGGAACAAUCAGCCACUCGAUGGGGAGUAACAGUGGAGCCCCUCCUUGUGUCGCCGUCCCAGCUCUCUACUACAAGCAAAAUCUCAACACCUCUUCCAUAAAGAUAAUGAAACUAGUAUUAACUGAAUGGCAAUUAAUAUGGAUUUUCAAUAGUAAUAGACAAUAAACAAGCCAUAAUUUUCAAAACCUUUCCAUCAAUAUCUGUUUCCUUCUGGUGCAUGAUCCUUUUUACAAUAAAUUUAAGGAAGAUCUGCAAGAAAAAUACUGAUUUCAUAUCUGAAGUAGUGAACAGGAGAAACAUCUUAAUUUAACCUAAAGUUGAAGCAUUCUGUUAUAUUUAUAUAUUUUUAUGGUAACGACCAUGGCACCACAAAACGACUCAGAAUCUAUGCAAGCAAAAGAACUCUCCAUUACACAUUUGAAAAGGAAUGAAGACAAAGUGAAUGAUGAAAAUGUUAGUGAGGGAUCCAUCGACCGCAUUCCCAUCAAGCUGUGGGUGAUGCAUGGUGCUGUGAUGUUUGGCAGGGAGUUCUGUUAUGCAAUGGAAACCGCCUUAGUGACGCCAGUAUUGUUGCAAAUAGGUCUUCCAGAACAGUACUAUAGCCUCACCUGGUUCCUUAGCCCGGUGCUGGGAUUGAUUUUCACUCCAUUGAUAGGCUCUGCUAGUGACCGAUGCACCUUGACGUGGGGCCGCCGGCGGCCUUUCAUCCUGGCUCUUUGUGUUGGUGUCCUCUUGGGUGUUGCACUGUUCUUGAAUGGCUCCCCAAUAGGUCUGGCCAUUGGUGACGUACCUGAUCAUCAACCCAUUGGGAUAGUCCUGACUGUUCUGGGUGUAGUAAUAUUGGACUUCUGCGCAGAUGCAACAGAGGGACCAAUUCGCGCUUACCUGCUAGAUGUGGCCGACACUGAAGAACAAGAUAUGGCACUCAAUAUCCAUGCAUUUUCUGCAGGUCUGGGCGGGGCUGUUGGCUAUAUGCUGGGUGGUUUAAAUUGGACACAAACGUUUUUGGGCCAGAUCUUCAACUCCCAACAACAGGUGCUCUUCUUCUUUGCUGCCAUCAUCUUCUCUGUGUCUGUCGGUUUACAUCUUUUCAGCAUUGAAGAAGAGCAGUACAACCCUCAGCAAGUCCGUAUUGAUGAGGAACCCAACCCCAACUCGGAUAUUAAAUUGAAUGGCAGCUUCCCACCUCACCCCAGACUGGACCUGAUCCAUGAGGAUGGGCAUUACUCAACUUCAAUUUUCCCUGAUGAAACCCGCUCAGAACAAGAUCUUGAUAUGGACUUCCUGGAUAUAAAUAUUGGGAGGAGCAAAAGUGAUUCUGUUUUGCACAUGCCAGACGCAACAAUAGAAGUUGAAUCAGAGCUGCUGUAUCUGAGGAAUAUUGAACCUUCUAUUUUUCAGGACCAAUAUGAUAGUAGUACUUACCAGUCUACCACAAGCUUACCCAAACAUAGCAAACCUGAGAUAUCAUCGCGCUUCAUUCACAUCCCUUCCAGGGAACAGGAGAGUGAAGACAUGCUGCUGGAUGACAUGAGAACUGAUUCUAAAGUGGCAAAUGGGAUAGUUGAUGAUUUGACUAAUGGUAAUGUCAAUCAGAUUGGAAUGAAGUCAUCCACCACCUGCAAUUCCAUGCGCAGACGAAGGCACAUGUUCUACCGGCAACCAUCCUACACUUUUUCGUACUAUGGCAAAAUCGGUUCCCACCGCUACCGCUUUCGUCGUGCCAAUGCCAUUGUCUUGAUAAAAUCCUCACGCAGCAUGAAUGACCUGUAUGACAUGCAGAAGAGACAGCGACAACGACAGAGAAAUCGCAACCAGAGUGGCCUGACCAAUUUAAGUGGAGAUACCGAAAGUGAGGAAGGAGAAACCGAGACCACGGUGAAGCUUCUAUGGUUGUCCAUGCUGAAAAUGCCAAAGGAGCUCUUAAGACUCUGUGUGUGUCAUUUGGUGACGUGGUUUUCUGUGAUCGCAGCUGCAGUGUUUUACACAGACUUCAUGGGACAGGUUAUAUACGGUGGGGAUCCAAAAGCUCCUUCAAAUUCUACUGAACUUGGAAACUAUAACACUGGUGUGCAGAUGGGAUGCUGGGGCCUUGUCGGUUAUGCUGUUACCUCUGCCAUCUGCUCAGCGAUCUUACAGAAGUACCUGGACAACUAUGACUUGAGCAUCAAGGUUAUCUACAUACUGGGAACGUUGGGUUUUGCAAUUGGUACUGCCGUGAUGGCAAUUUUUCCAAAUGUUUAUGUAGCAAUGAUAAUGAUCAGCACAAUGGGAAUAGUGUCCAUGAGUAUCUCAUACUGUCCAUAUGCUCUUCUUGGACAAUACCAUGAAAUGAAAGAGUAUAUACACCACAGCCCUGGGAACUCCAAGAGGGGCUUUGGGAUCGACUGUGCAAUCCUCUCUUGUCAGGUUUACAUCUCCCAAAUACUGGUGGCCUCGGCACUGGGUGGUGUGGUGGAUGUAGUUGGCACUGUCAGAGUCAUCCCCAUCGUAGCGUCUAUUGGUUCCUUCCUUGGCUUUUUGGCUGCCUUACUUCUGGUAAUGUAUCCACACGAUCAGGACGACACUAAAGAAGAAGAGAAUCAAAUGGCUCUCACGGGAUCUGCAGAAUGCAAUGGAAAAAAUGGCGAGAAGCCGGUGGUCUUGAAGCUGACUCGUAAAGGCGCUGUCUCUGAAGUGGACAGUGAAUCAGCUGUUUGAACAUCCAUCAGCAAAACAUUCCAAAAUUGCAUGAUCAAAAAUGUGUAACAAAUGUCCUGUCUUUGUCUACUGUGACUGCAGUCUUAACCAACUGUGCUUUAAAACAAUGACCACAUUAGCUUCUGGUAAAAGCCUGACUCAGCAGUCUGGUAUUGUGGAGAUUUUCUGUAAGAUCAGACUUGUUUUUGUUUCCUUAAACACAUUUGCUGAUUUCACUUUCCAGUGGCUAUAGAGAGAAAUCAGGUGAAUAAGUUAACAUUUAGUUCAUCCAAAAAUAAUGUUUGGAUUUUAAAUCUGGCACCUUAAAGGCAGCUGCUGAAAUAUUAUUUUGCUGUUUAUAUUACAACCUUUCAGAGGUCCUACUUUUAAGCCUGGACAAAACUAGCUUACCCUGAAAGAAAAGGUUAAAACAAACUUGACCCAGGUUCAUACAUCAUUGAAUUGCAAAAAUUUCAGCACAGAAAGAGGAUAUUGCCCCCAAUCUACCUGUGCCAUCCUCACCCCCCCCCC